AUGGGUAUACAAGAUCUCUCAUUAGAUAUAUGGAAUUACAUUAUCCAUGAAGGUCAACUAGAUAUAACGGAUGUAAUACGCUUGCUAUGUGUCAAUAAUCGGCUACGCAAUCUUUUGAAGCAUAAUUCUAUCUGGUAUAGGAUUAUUUAUGAUCGUUAUCUUCUGAUCCAAAUCCAAUAUGAUAUCAAGGCUGCCCAAGAUUUGGUGGACAAGAGAAAUAAUACGUCCAGUCUGAUAGAUUUCUACAGCCUUUCCAUGCAAUUUUACCGGAAGGAAGUCAAACUCGGCAGGGAAUUACAGAAUUGCAAUGAUAUAAGAAAGUUCCUCGAUACUUAUGUUGAUGAUGAUGAUUACCUUCCAAUUAUUUAUAAUUAUUAUUACAAAAUGCAAGAGGUUCUACCACGCUCAAAAAGAGACUCGUUGGGUCUUCGUAUGAGAGCUGUCGCCUUGAACUUGUUAAUUGCACAAUCCUAUAAAUUGGCAAUGAAUUAUUUUUACGAUUUAUUGAAAAAUGUCAAUCUUACCUCCCCUUCCUCAUUUGAAGAAUUCUGGUUCAAGGUCAGUCUAUUCGACAAAGGUUCACAUAGCAUGAUUCAAUCGAGGAACCACACUUUGAAUAAGAUUUAUGAUAAAUUACAUCAAGAAAUUACAAUUAAGCAGUUCUACAAUCGAAAAGGUUCCAUACAAUUACUACCCAAUUCUGGCCACGAUGGAAGUGGCAAGGAUGUACUUAUCAUACAAGACAAUAACUCACUAAUAUAUUUGAUCAUUAAGAUUUUCCAAAUUACGUUAUCCUGUUUGAGGUUCAACAAUUCAUUGAUUUCACAGAUCGAUGAGGUGGUCUAUGACAAAUACUGCAAAUCUUAUUUCUUAGAGGACUUCAGUUUGUUGAGGUUAUAUUCUGGUGCAGUAAAGGGUCACCCGUUCUUGAUCAUGGCAAUUUUGAUGAAGGUGCUUGAAGAAUUCUUAUUACUGAAAUAUGUAAUUAAAUCGGGAACAACAGGUGAUGUCGUCAAUGUGACGAUUACGAUGACCUCCACAUACUUGAAAGUUGGCAAGUAUCUAUUUUCAUUUGACAGAAAAGUUUUGACAAUGUUCUCCAACUUCGAGGUUUACACAAUCGAUGAAGUGGUACAGAAUUUGAGAGAUCGAAGCUAUUUUGAAAUUUCAAAGUUCAUUGAACCCUUAGAUUUCAAGUAUAUCAUUGAAUGUUACUUGCACCUUGACUAUUUCCUUGAUGCAAGGUCAUUGAAUACUAUUUUGCGACCAGAUUACUAUUUCAAUCAUUCGGUAAUAGAUAAUUCUUCACUUCAAGAGAAAGAUUAUAACAUGAUCACUAUUGAUGAUUACAAUUUCAUAAAACUCAUGUGUCGAUACAUGCAAGACAAAACUUCGGAUAAUGAUCUCUUGGAUACAAUGUUCUGUAGAGAAUUUGAGGCAUCGCUCAACCACCUUAACAACUUCAUUCAUUUCAGGUCAUUUUUCAAGUUGUUCAAGGAUAAUGAAGAUAAACAAAAGACGAUCGUGAACUUUUUUAUGAGAACACAUAGCAACUAUUCAAUUGUGACGGGAAACUUUGAUUUAAAUGAUCCAUCUUCGAAAAUAUCCCUUUCCAAAAUUAAUUCUAAGUAUCCUUUCAAUAUCAAUAACGGUCUGAAUGAUAGUUUCACUUCGGGGCAGAUAAUAAAACACAUUAAGUUUGACACUUAUGGGAUAGUUUUGGGUAGAGUAUUAACAGGAAACAACGAUUUCGAAUAUUAUAGAAUUUUCACCACGAAGAAGACUAGGGAGUGCUAUAACGGUACUUCAAUGACAUGCAUCAAUUCUGAUACUCCUAACGUUGAUGACAUAACAGAAUUCGUAUUGAAGUCUUGUGGAGAAGAUAUUCUUGGUUUAUUGUUCUUCGAAGAUUUAGUCAAAUCUUCUACCUGUUUAACAUUCAAACCAUUGGAAACGUAA